AAUAUAUUUAAAAAAUGUAUUAAUAUUUUUAUUUACUGUGUAACAUAUUUAAUGUAUGAAAAUGAAGUCGAAUUUACAGGAGGAAGUGACUGAAAAGUCACCAUCUCCCUGUGGAGAUGAUGCCGUGGUAGUUAAUUCUUUGGAAGAUUCUGUAGUGGAGGAAUCGUAUGUGUUAUUGGAUUUUCCAGAAUUCCACUCGACGACAAUUUUCAACGACUCGAAGUUUGAACUUUUGUCAGAGGAUAAGGAACAAGGGUCACUGUUUAAAAUUUCAAAUUGUAGUUUUGAUACCAUAAGACUAAAUAAAUUUGAUACUGAGAAACCUUCCUGUGUAAUUAACGAAUAUUUACCCUUGAACGGGAGUAACAUUUUAAACGGAAUGACUUAUAUACUUGUAAAUAAGGACCAGUUGAACGGGGAAACAGAGUCUAACAAGGGUUUAAAGGCCCAGAUUGAAGAUAAUUCUGACGUCUGGUACACAAGCAAAUGUAUAGAAUUCAGUACUGAUCAGUAAUAAAAUAUUAAUUUGACAUUUCAAAUAUUU